AAGAGAUAGAUCUCAUGUAUUGAGGGGGCUACCCUUAGGCCGGGGGGUCAUUUGAAUCCACUUCAGCAGAAAAUUAUACUAUUUAUAUAUGGUUAAAAUUAUUUUUUAUGUAUAUAUAGCAGAUGUUGAACCCUCUUUGGUUGGUUUGCAUGUUUACUUCUGAAACCCCUUAGUGAAAAUCCUGUCUCCUCCACUGAAGAGGCCAUUGAUAUUACUCAGACAUUGCGGAAUUGCUCCCUAGCUUCAAGUUGUUUCUUGCCAAAUCUAGCAUUACCAAUGAUGUCAUAUUGCAAAUCGAUGAAGGAAUUUCUUCACCGAGACUAUUAUGGUAUAUGAAGAAGAAUCUUCUGGAAUUUUGUAGUGAACCUUGAAGCGAAUUAAACCGCAAGUCAACAGUAUCUACAAAUUGAACAGGAAUUUUUGCCAGUAACAAUUUGUCUGGACUGCAGGGAGUCCCAUGGACAAUGCAAGUUGAUUGACUAUCAAGGCCAUUAAUGUCAACUAUCAAGGAUACUGGACAGAUUCUUUUUCCUUUUGUUACUUAUUGUCCAUUUCUUAAUCUGUAUUCACAUCUUGGAAAUAUUAUACUCUAUCCUUUUCAACAUUCUUGGAAAUCUGUGUAAUUUUGAUCUUUGGAAAGACCACACACACAAAUUAAUCCCGUGCCCACACAAAUUAAUCCAGUGCCCAAAUGGAGAAGCACAUUUUUUUGUUGAUUCUUCUCUUUCUAAUUCAAUAUUACUCAAUUAAUAUAUCACUUGCUUCCUCAAAUGAAACAGACCAACAAGCUCUAAUAGCUUUCAGAAAUCUUAUUACAAGUCCUAGUCAUUUUUUGGUCGAUAAUUGGACGAAAAAUACCUCUUUUUGCUCUUGGUUUGGUGUCACGUGCAGUUCAAAAAGGCAAAGAGUAGUGGCCUUGACUCUUCCUAAUUUGAAUCUUCAAGGCACACUUUCCCCGUCAUUGACCAAUUUAUUGUUUCUCAGUGUGCUCAAUCUUCGAAACAACAACUUCCACGGUGACAUCCCAUAUGGCCUUGGCCACUUGCCUCGCUUGCGAGUGAUUGAUAUUCUGAACAAUCAGCUCCAAGGAAGUAUCCCGACUAGUCUAUUUCAACACCAGAGAAUUCAAAUCAUUUCAUUGGCUUACAAUAAACUCAGCGGUGAAAUGUGGAAAGGGCCAUGGUAUGUACCCGAACUUAGAGUCUUAAAUCUCAGAAACAAUAGCCUCACGGGUAUAAUCCCUCCUUCGGUUGGAAAUGCCACAAAAUUGAUGAACUUCAGUUUGUCUGGGAAUAGAAUCACCAGCAACAUUCCAAAGGAGAUCGGUAACCUUAGCCAGCUUGCAUUUUUGGACUUGCACGAUAAUCAGUUAACAGGUUCCAUUCCUGUAACACUCUUCAAUAUCUCGUCGCUACUUGUUGUAUCUCUGCGAAUCAAUAGCCUUUCAGGUCCUCUCUUGCUUGGUGAAGGGAAUAUUGUGUCAAAUAUGAUGUUUCUAAGUAUAUCUCAUAACCAAAUUUCUGGUCCCAUUCCUAAAAACAUAUGCCAACUGACAAAGCUCAAAGUGUUGUCCAUAUCUUUCAACAAGAUAACUGGAGAUAUACCUCGAAAUAUUGGUUGUUUAUCCAAACUCGAGGAGCUUUAUAUUGGUGAUAAUCCAAUAAAAGGGACCAUUCCCACUUCGAUUGGCAAUAUUUCCACUCUGCGAAAGCUUUAUUGUGGAAACAAUCGCAUAGUGGGGCAAAUUCCUUUGGAAUUAGGGAAGCUAUCAAAUUUGAGGCAAUUAAGCUUUGAGCAGAAUUAUAAUCUUACUGGUCAAAUUCCGGAGGCUAUUUUCAACAUAUCUUCUUUGGAAAUCAUUGAUUUCAGUUCCAACAACCUCUCGGGUAGAAUUCCAACCACUACAGGCAUUCAUCUUCCAAACCUUGAAGGCCUUUUCUUGGGAAGCAAUCAGCUCGAAGGGGAAAUUCCGUUGUUCAUAACAAAUGCUUCCAAGCUUGAGAUACUGGCGCUAGCAAAUAACUUUCUCACAGGAAGUAUUCCUACUAACUUGGGAAAUCUUCGUGAGUUGCGAUAUUUGUUCAUACAUACUAAUCAACUUAACAAUGAACCAAGAGAGCAUGAGCUCAGAUUCUUCGAUUCCUUGGUAGACUGUAGGAUGUUGCGAUAUCUACAAGUGGGUUCCAAUCCGUUGAAUGGCGUUCUUCCCAAUUCCAUUGGGAAUCUCUCAUCUACUAUUGAAAAUUUUAAUAUAGCAGAUGCACACAUCAAUGGCUUUAUCCCCACUGGUAUAGUCAACAUGAGCGGUCUUACAGCCCUAGACUUUCGAGGAAACAACUUGACAGGGAGUAUUCCUUUUGAAAUUGGUAAGCUUAAACAACUCCAAGGGCUGUAUCUAACUACGAAUAAAUUGCAGGGAUAUAUUCCAGAGGCGGUAUGCCAUUUGUCUAAUUUGGUUCAAUUAAGUUUGGAAGCUAAUGAGCUCUCUGGAUUAAUUCCAGAAUGCUUUGGAAAUCUUAGCAUGCUACAAAUGCUUUAUUUGGAUUCUAAUAAAUUAUCAUCAAAAUUUCCCUUGAGCCUUUGGAAAAUGAGUGGUCUUCUCUAUCUAAGUGUGUCACGAAAUUCUAUAGAGGGAGAAGUUCCAUCAGAUAUAGGAGAACUGAAGGCCAUUGUAGAUCUAGAUCUUUCUGGUAACCACUUUUCAGGCAUGUUACCAAGCAAAUUGGGGGACCUCGAAAGCGUGAAGUCUCUUGACCUGUCGAACAAUUCAUUUUCAGGCUCAAUUCCAUUAUCCGUUGCCAACUUGAUAAGCUUGGAGUUCUUGGAUUUGUCUUUAAAUGCUUUGUCAGGUACUAUUCCGAAGUCUAUGGAAAAACUCUCAUACCUUAAAAGCAUUAAUGUUUCAUUUAAUGAUUUAGAAGGUGUAAUACCCAGUGGUGGCGUGUUUGCAAAUUCCACUGUGCAAUCAUUUCUUGGGAAUAAAGGUCUAUGUGGAAUGCACAUAUUGAAGUUUCCUGCUUGCCCUAUCACUAAUCCUGGAGAACAUACAAAGUCUAAGAAGCUUGUGCUUAAAAUUGUUAUUCCAGUGAUUACCUCACUAUUUCUAAUAUCCUUGUUGGUGUCGGCUUGGAUAAUGAAACGAAAGAAGAAAGGAAAAUCCAACGAUGUAGAAAAGACACCGAGUAUCGAGACUCGUCAAUUAGUUUCUUAUCGCGAGAUUCAACGAGCAACAAAUAAUUUUGAUGGAUCCAAUUUAAUUGGUGUGGGAGGUUCUGGCUCUGUGUACAAAGGCACAUUAUCUAGUGGAAUUGUGGUGGCGAUAAAGGUUCUAGAUUUGGAAAAUGAGGAAGUGUGCAAAAGGUUUGAUACUGAAUGUGAAGUGAUGAGAAAUGUUAGGCACAGAAAUCUUGUUCCGGUGAUUACCACUUGUUGCUGUGAAUACAUAAGAGCCUUUGUUCUGCAGUAUAUGCCCAAUGGAAGUUUUGAGAAUUGGUUGUACAAAGAAGAUCGCCACUUGAACCUUCUUCAAAGAGUUGCCAUAAUGCAUGAUGUGGCUGUAGCAAUUGAAUAUCUACACCAUGGCUGUGACACUCCGAUAGUUCAUUGCGACCUGAAGCCAGCCAACGUUCUUUUGGAUGAAGAUAUGGUGGCACACGUUGGUGAUUUUGGCAUCUCUCAGAUACUAGCCGUAAGCAAGUCCAUGGCACAUACUGAGACAUUCGGCACUCUUGGUUACAUUGCACCAGAAUAUGGCUCGGAGGGAAUCGUGUCCACUAGUAGUGAUGUUUACAGCUAUGGAAUCAUGAUGAUAGAGCUAUUGGUCAAAAGAAGACCAACCGAUGAUGAGAUAUUCAAUGAAAAUCUUGGGUUGAGGCAGUGGAUUAGACGAGCAUUUCCCAAGACGAUUAUGGAAGUUGUUGAUGUCAAUCUUCUCCACGAGGAAGAACAUGUCAAUUCCAAAAGUGAAAUCUGCAUAGCCUCCAUGACGGAAUUGGCAUUGGAUUGCACAGAGGAAAAGCCAGAGUCGAGGAUAGAUAUGACAGACGUAGUCAAGAGGCUUAACAAAAUCAAGAACACAUUUUUGGAAACAUAGUUGCAAGUUAAGAUGUUGCUUUUUAAUCAGAUUUUUGUGUUUAAAUUGUUCAUAUGGAAUGAAGUUGGAGGGCUAUAAUGGAACAAUGUUGAAAUGAAGUGUCAAAAUGAAAAUUGAGUGCAAGUUAGAUAGGCUAAGUAUUUGGCCUUGUAUGAAUGUACUUGUCUUGUUGUUCACAUGGGUACUAUCAAACAGCUCAAACUUUGAAUACAUCAUUUUAACUUGUAGUUAGACUUUUUUAAAUGCUAUACUGCACAAAGCUGAGCUGUGUUGAGAUGCAAAUAAAGUAUAAAUAAUUGAAAAGAUCCAAGAAUUUUUCA